CAGACUCAAUGUCUCGAGACGCAGACAUCAAGAGGGAACGAUACCUGUAAACUGGCGGGUAAUCCACGGCGGAUAGAUUGAUGGCUCUGCCCUUAGCACCGGGCAACGUGUGCUGAGAAUCAGGUGCCCCACCACCAGGGAUCACAUUGCUCGGUGGAGGAUACAGGCCGAGGUCCACAUGGAAGCUUCGAUGAACGUCAUUACCACCACGUUUCGCUUGUCCACGUCUGUUUUCUCGGCCGCACUCGCUCUCAUUGCUGUUCUUCACCUUGGCACAGCAUCGUCUACCGCUUGUCUCGUGCCUUGCAAUCCGCAUCACACGCCCACUUGAUCACAAGGCUCGACCAUGGCUCACCAUCCUCUUCAGCGGCUUGCCGCGCCGUCGCGCCAAUUCUCUCUCUUGCUGCAUCUCGCCGGCAUUGCCUCUUUUGCCGCCUCGUUCCGUUUCCUUGAGACCUGGGAUACGCCUAUGGGCAAGGCUUAUGGCGGUCACUAUCAGUUCCUGACCAUUCUUGGCCUCUCUCUCGCGAUGGCCACGUUCGUGCUUGGAGCGAUGGCGGAUUUGACCCUAUCUCCGCAGCUGUUUGCUGUGAAGAACGCGCUGUCCUCAUUUUCCACCCCUCUGGAGGUGCUGAUCAGUAUCCUCUACUGGGGGCUCUGCGCCAUUGACAAGUCUUUGGUCAUGCCGCCGGAGUUCUCGCUUGACUUCUUGCCCGACUUUGGAUUUCACGCUGCGCCCGCCAUUUUCCUCGCCAUCGACAUGCUUCUGCUCAGUCCUCCGUGGACUAUACGCGGCUACACGGCAAUGGCUCUCAGCCAGAUUUGGGCAUUCUUGUACUGGUACUGGGUCGAACACUGCUUCUCGAAGAACGGAUGGUACCCUUACCCAAUUUUUGACAUUUUGUCGAUACCACAGCGGGCCCUGCUGUUCGCUUUUGCAGCUCUCAUCAUGACUGGCAGCAGCGCUGCACUGAAAUGGGUCUAUGGCCAAGUCAAUGGUGUCGAGCAGAUGAAGAACGAGGCUGUCAGAGAGCCGAUGCGCGUAAACGCCACGCAAUAGGUUCAGUCUCGGCAUGAAACAUGAACAAAAACAAGGCUCACAUCUUACUGUUGACUAUGGAUGAUGUUUCAUUAGACGACAGUGCGCCGGAGUAAAAGGCUCUCAACAUCGUAUGCACCGAACGGGCCACACGAGACACACGGCCUGUUCGAAUUUAUAUACUCGAGUUUUACCUCGUCCAAUACAUACACCAAACUUGUCGCAUGACGUGUGCGGGACAACCCUUGGAUACACCGGGUUCUUGGCACAGGAGCACGCUAGCGUAUCAUUGCAGCAUCACCCAUUGUUGAAAGCCGCCUACACCCAGGAUAAUCACUACCAACUCCGUGCUGACGUGAAGGGUGUGAGAGAGCCAGUCCAGCGGGACC